AAGAAUGUUUUUCCACAGAAUAAAAGUAAGUAAAAAGUGUCUUGUAAAAUGUUAUAUAUUAUUGUUUAAAUCAAUGUUUUGUUUUCAAAUUUUUACCGCGUUAUGAAGAUCAUGCUGCCACCUCACGUCUACAAUCAGCAUGAUUAAUUAAAAUGGCGGCUUACAUAUGCAAGCCGCCAUGACACACCAAUGUUUUUUUUGGAAAAAAAAAAAACAUCAGAAUUUAGUGGGGAUAACGAUAAAUAUACACAAGAGAAUGGCGUCCUCGGUGGCCCCAAGUCGAUGCCCCCCGCAGUUGUUCAGUCUUACACUCAUAUCUAUCAUACGAAAAACUAAACUUCAAGCAAUAUUAUUAACAAAAAAUCAUAAAAUUAAAAAAAAAAUAAUUAAAUAAUUUGAAAAAUAACAUUUUUUUACAUGUUAUUUAUUUGACAGUAUACAAUAAACAAUAGUUCAAAAGUGUGUUUACAUAUAACGUGAUUAUAAACAAAAAUAAUUUAAGAAAUUUUUUUUGACAUAAUAUAGUGAUUUUGACAUUUUGUGUUAAUAUAAACUCCAAAUUUUUGGAGAAAGUGAGUAAAAAAGUGUCUAUAAUUUGUGUGUAAAAUAAAAAAAAAGAGUAAAAAUAAAAAAAUAUCAAAUUUCAAAGUGUCAAAACACAAGUGAAGUUGAAUGUGUUUGUGUAUGUUGUGUGUUUUGUUGAUAGUGAUGCCGGAUGACAGGUGGUAGAUGCAUGGUAUACCACACUUGAUCUACAUAUAAUUUUGAUAAAAAAAAAAAAAAAAAUCAAAAGAUCAAAUUAUAAAUAAAUAAAAAUUGUAAAAAAGUUUUUAAAAAAACAGGUGGUUAUCAUAAAAAUCGGGGAGAUGAGGAGAUGCUACGAGAUUUCGGGCUAUGAGCACUGACAAUGGAGACGACUCCCUGGUUUGACGAUCAACGAAGAUGGCGAGUAGAACGGAGGACUAUGGCUCGGAGUUACAGGAAUUACAGUGGGGUGGUGGAGGAGGAGGUGGAGGUGUUGGUGGAUCAUCAAAUUUUAUAAAAAAUAAUAGUGGAUUUAGUAGAAGUGGUGGUAGUUCAGGAUGCUAUGAAGCUGAAGAUCUUGAAUCAUCAAGUGGUAGCAGACAUCAAACUAGUCAUAAUAGAGGAUAUUAUAGUCCACCUGGAACAAGUUAUACUAUUGUUGAAAGACCACCAAGUGCACCUCAUCAUCAUUCAUCACAUGCUACACCUUAUAGACAUCGUGGACAUGGUACACUUGGUGGUGGUGGUGCUAUUUCACCUGAACAAGUACUUAGAUUAUUUGGCAAUGGAGCUGCAGUUGAAAGAAGAGCAAAUGAAAGAAGGACACCAGCAUCAAGUCCAGCAAGUGUAUCAGCACUAAGAGGAGCCAGUAGUUCAACAUCACAACAACAACAAACUGGACAAAAUUCAACUCCUCAAUCACCACAAGCACUUAGUCUUCAAGAAUUAACUGUAAGAACAAUAACAAUGACACGUGAACCACCAGAUUCACAUCAUGGAUUUGGAAUAUGUGUCAAGGGUGGAAAAGAUGCAGAAGUCCAGUCAGGCGUGGGUGUGUAUAUAUCAAGAGUUGAAGAAGGCUCAGUUGCUGAAAGAGCUGGCCUACGCCCUGGUGAUACGAUCCUGGAGGUCAAUGGAACGCCCUUUCGAGCCGUGACCCACGAAGAAGCACUAAAGAUGCUAAAAUCAUGUAGAACAUUGAGUAUGACAGUUAGAGGACCAGCAUUGGAUCCAAGAUGUCGUGGUGGUCAUCCAGUUUGGUCUGGUACUGGUAGACAACAGUCAUGUUCAUGGAUGGAUAGACAAGGUAGACCAGCAUCACCACCACCACUUCAUCCACGUGAUACAAGAUAUGGAUCUAGAACAAGAAAAGUUGAUCUUUGUAUUGAACCUGGACAAUCACUUGGUCUUAUGAUACGUGGUGGUCUUGAAUAUGGACUUGGAAUUUAUGUUACUGGUGUUGAUAAAGACAGUGUUGCUGAUCGUGCUGGACUUUUGAUUGGAGAUCAAAUAAUUGAAGUUAAUAAUACAAGUUUUGAAGAAGCAACACAUGAUGAAGCUGUACAAAUAUUAAAAACAAAUAAAAGAAUGAGUUUGGUAAUAAGAGAUGUUGGUAAAGUACCACAUUCAUGUACAACAAGUCGUCCAGUUGUUGUACCAAGCUCAAGAUAUCAAGAUCAUGAGCCUCAAUCUGUUCUUGAAUCACCAUCAAAUCGUCCUUCAAGUCCCUCUAAUACAAAUGAUUGGAGACAUAGAAGUGUUACUUCUGUAUCAUCAGCAACAGCUGCAAUGGUUGAAGAAAAAGCUCGUGUUGUACUUGCUAGAAGUGAACGAGCAGCAUUAACACAAUUACUUGGUGAUUAUAGAACACGAAGAUUGACUAUCGAAGAACUUGUUGCAAGUCUUUCUGAUUUAUUAAAUACUCAUGAAAAAUUAACACUUUUAACUGAAUUAAGAGAAGUUGUUGACAGCAAAGAUAGACCUAUUUUUGAUGAUCUUGUCUAUCGUCCAAGAGUUUCUUCAUCAACUAGAAGAAAAGGUGAUAGAGCUCAUUCAGAUCUUGUUGUGACACCUUCAAUUCAUGAUUUACCGAGAGGCGGGCAGCCUGGUUCCUGUUAUCGUCCAGGAUUUCUUGUCGACGUUGAGGGUGAUCCACUUGGUGUCACUGGACCUCUGCUGCCCAAGGAGAAUCCAGAGCAUCGUUCACCAAGUGAAGACAGCGGUCUCGGGGCUGACAUACCCAGGACGAGGCCGGGUUGCAGACGCACCAAGUAUCACCAGGUUGCCACAUCCGACCUCGCUCUUUCCAAUGAUGACGAGUGCGACAAUCAGGAUUACGAUGAUGAAAUUGAAAAUGAUCGAGGUCGUCGACACAGUUCACCAGGAGGUUCAAGAGGUAAUUCUCGAGAUUAUUCUCAGCAUCAUCUACAUCCUGAAAACUUGGAUAAGGACGGCGGUUGCGAGGGUAGCGAUGCUGAGAUGAUUGGUAAUGGUCGUCGUGAUCGCGAUACAGAGGAUGAAGAUGAAGAAAGACAAGAGAGAAGCUCGGAGGGUGGAGGUGGGGGAGGUUUUGGUGGUUGGAGAUCCCACCUUCUUGGUGGUCUAACUCAACGUGUCAAGUCAUGGUACUGGGGCGCCAGACCCCUCGAACUUGCGCACAAACUUUCAAGAAGUUAUGACAUGCAAGAAGCACAACUUUUGGAAGAAGGAUCAAAUGGUGGUGGAGGUAGUGGAAAUAGUGGUAAUUCUGGUAAUUCUGGUAAUAAUGGUCAACCAAGAAGACAUCAUAGUGCACAAAGACUUGCUAGAAAUGAAAUAACUGAAAGAAGAGAAGAUGAUAGUGCACUUGUUGUACCAGAUCAUCAUGGUAAUUUAAGAAUAACUGUUAAAAAAACUAAACAAAUACUUGGUAUUGCAAUUGAAGGUGGUGCUAAUACAAAACAUCCUCUUCCACGAAUUAUCAAUAUACACGAUAAUGGAGCUGCUUUUGAAGCUGGUGGACUUGAAGUUGGACAAUUAAUUCUCAAAGUUGAUGGACACAAAGUUGAAGGUUUACAUCAUCAGGAAGUGGCAAGACUUAUUGCAGAAUCAUUUGCACGUCGUGAUCGUAAUGAAAUUGAAUUUCUAGUUGUUGAAGCUAAAAAAAGUAAUCUUGAGCCAAAACCAACGGCUCUUAUAUUUUUAGAAGCGUAGCAACAAUCUCCCACCACCGAACCGGAACCACCAUAAAUUUUAAAAAAAUAAAAAAAUAAUUUAUAAAACUAAAUAAAUCAUCCAUUGGAAUAAUUAAUUAUUAAUCAAUAAAACAAAAAAAGAAAAACGAAAAAAAAAAAAAAACCUUGAUAAAUCAUGCAGCAGAAUUUCAUGUGCCUACAAUAAUAAAUAAAGAAAAUAUUAUAAUUAAAUUCAUCAAACUUCCAUUUUUAUAAUUCAAAUAAUAAUCAACUUGAAUUAUAAUUAAAUUUUAUAAUAAACUAUUAACAAAAAAAAAAAAAAAUCAACUCGAAUAUUGUGAUAUGUUUUGAUACAUAAAUAAUAAUUAUUUGGGCUAUUUCAAAUUUUAAAAAAAAUAUAUAUUCAAGUUGAUUAAUAAGUAUAUUGUUUGAUGAUGAUAAUACAAGAUAAUUUAUAUGAAAAUUUUUCAUUAUUAAUGAUAAUUUUGUUUGACAAUUUCAAACAAAAAUAAAUCAGUUACACACUAAUGAUUUCAAGGUUUUUUUUUUUCAUUCAUUUAUAUCUUUUUUUUGAAUUAUUAACAAACCUUUGGGUGCCUAACAAGUUUUCUAAUUAAUCCGGCUUACGGGCGGUGGGAAAAUAUAUAUUAACCAUAUGCAAAAACCGGCUUUAAUACAGCUGGGAUGUUCAGCGAUGCGAUAAAAUGCAAUGAGGCAACCGAUACUCACAACAGUGGCCUAUAAAACUUGAAGAAAUUGUAAUAUUUCAAAAUAUUUAAGAUUAAAUAAAAGGGUCAUAAUAUUAAAAUUAUAUAUAUAAAUUAUCCAUUAAAAAAAAUUAGUUAACAGCAAAAAAAAAAACGACAAAUUUGUGCCAAAUAUUAUCGUGGAUCUCGCACAUUAAAAUACACUUGUUUAAACUUAAUAUAAAAAUUUGCUUUUAAAUUAAUUACAGCGCAAACAUACUUAUCAUAAAGUAAAUUAUAUAUAUAAAAAAAAACAACAUAAAAAUGAUAAAUAAUAAUGAAUUAAUAUAAUAAUAAUAAUAUAUUUAAGAAAUAAAAUUUAAAUGAUGGAGAAUUAAGCGUUAAAAAAAUAACAUGUUGACUAAUGCGUUAAAAAAAAUUUACAUGUAUCAUCAACGACACACAAGCUGGCCUUGAGGCAAUUUUUUUUAAUGUUAAAUUAAUAUAAUAUUUAAAUAAAAUUGCACUUGAAUUAAAUAUAAAUCUUUUUUUUUUUUAUUAAUCAAAGUCAGCUGGUGUGUGAUCAACCCAGUACCAUUGACUUAUUUACGGGAAUUGUUAAGGCUUAAAGAUUAUAUUAUAUUAUCGAAAAAAAAAAAAGAAAAAAAAAACAUAAAAAUCAUUAAUGUGUAAAUAAUUUCAAUGAAAUAAUAAUAGCAAUUUAGGAGGACUUAACAAAUCUUCGAAUAGACAUCACCUAUAUUUAUUUUUCAUUUAUAAAUAGGUAGCUUAAUUAAUGGCUAAAUAUAAAUUAUGACAAAUUAUGACAAGUAUUACUGUUGUUGUUAAACACAAUGAGGAAAUUUUAAUUUUAAUUUCUUGAUUAAUUAUAAUUUAAUAUAUUUAAAUAAUUUUUUUUUUUUGUAUGAUUGAUCAAUUUUUAAUAAUAAAUAAAAAAAAGUUUAAAGUAAAAAAAAAAUAAAUAAUAAUGAUAAUUAAAAAUUGAGAGAGUAUUAAAAUGAACGGUACCAAGCACUACUUUGCCAGACUAUUAGGAACCACACGUCUUGGUCUGGUGUGCACGAUGGAAUGAAAAUUAUUAUCACUCAGACACACCCAUUUGUGGAUCCUAUUAGUGGGCACACAUUAAUGUGCCAAACUAUUGAAAAAAAAAUAAAGAAAAAAGAUUAUUAUAAUGAAAUAAAAAAAAAAGGCAACGAAAUAGUCUAGUAAAUUUAUAUUGCACGAUGAAAAAGUUUAUAUAAUGAAGAAAAAGAAAAGUAUAAUAUUGGCAACUAUUAUUAAUAAUUAUUAUUAUUUUAAAAAAAUGUUUGUAUUAUGUUUAACGGAUUCAAGGAGACAAAGAAAUCAGGCAAUGGGGUCAAUCGUGCACCCAAUUUAUUUAUUUUUUUAUUUUUAGUACGCACAAGUGUCUCUCCUUUUUCUAUAAAAUAAAAUUUAAAAAAAAAACACACAA